AGGUAAGAAAAUAAAGUUUUGCAAAGAGUUUAGCUGACUCACUGUCUGUUCAUUAGUUUCUAGGUCCGUAGUUUGGUAGCAGCUGACAGAAGUGGCUGAAUUUGCUGCUUCCUGUAGCUGAAGCUAUGAUGUUUAUAUUAAGAUGGUUGCUGUUGUUCUUGCUAGCUGUCAAAAGUCAUCAAGAAAAUGAUCAAGAAGUGCCCCAUACGGAUGAUCAACUGGAUUUAAGCAGCAUUUACUUUGGAAAUGAGACUUUAUGGAGCAGUGGGAUACUUGAUAAUUCAACCUUGAAUGAGAGUAACUACAACACAACAUUAACAGUGGAUUAUCAGCCUGAAGCCGAAACACUGGCACAAAACAGGUCUUUGCCAGAUCUCCAGUAUUCAUUAAGUCAUACUGAACCUCCACUAAAAGAAGCAGAGUCUGGUUUUCAGGUACAGGUGCUCCAACAGCAGCGUACUUUCUCAUCCAGGCAGUCACAAGAGCCCCAGGUGCCGCCACCUACCUCCCCACCCAGUGAGACUACCUGCCCAUCACAGGUGCUCUUGCAGGUGCCAAUGCCGCGCAGUCCUCCACUUUGGCAGCUGGAGGUACCACAGCAGCCCCGUUCUCCACUCCAUCGGCUGGGGGUGGCUAAGGUGUCCCAGGUCUCCCCAGAGUUCUACUCCCCAUCUAAACAGCUGUGGGUGCCAGAUGAGCCUGGUUCAUCACACCAGCGGCUGGAUUUAAUCCAAAUGCAUGAAUCCCCUCUCCAACGGCUACAAUUUGCAGAGGUGCGCCAGCAGCCUAGAGCUGAACUCAGACGGGCACAGAUGGCUCAGGUACCCCAGCAGCCAAGUAUCCGGCUCCAACAGCUGCAAAUGGCCCAGUGGCCCCAACGGCCACUCUACCAGCUCCUGAUCCCUCGCUACCAGGCCAAGUACUCGCACUACCAGCCUAUGAUAUCCCGUUACCAGGAAAGGCUGCUAGGACACCGACCCAAGACUCCGCUCUUUCGGAUCAAGCAUCUUCGACACCCCCAGCAGAUCAGAUAUACACGUUAGCAAAUAAGUUUUUCAAGCAGCCUCAUUAAAAUUAUGAUCCAAAUCUUUUUCUUUUUUUCCCUCAAAUUUUGUAAUCAAACUAUCUUCACUGGGAUGUUAUAAAAGAAGGUGGGGAACAUCAGGGGACCUUUGUAUUUGACAUGAAUUUCUUUCAGGCACAGCAGCUAAUAAGCAUGUGGCAGCCACACUAAGAGAAGCAAUGGGCAUGGUAUCUAGUAAAGCCUCUAAGAUCAUCCAAGAGUUCAGAUGUUACUUUCCUGAACUCACGAUUUCUGUUUUAGCACUGCAACAUUGAAACACUGUUCUGACCUUUCAAAGUAAAAUACAACUACUGCUAUAAUUA